AUAUUGCCCUGUUCCAAAUAAACACAAAAAAGAAAUAUUAAAUAGUCAUUAUAAUUUGCGUCAUGAAACUGAAUGUGGAUUUGAUUUAACAUUUUAGGUGCAGCCAAAAUUGACAACAUACCACCGCAACGAGGUCUACGCUCAGCGCAUGGCCGACUUCGCGCUGUUCUCCGCCAACGUGAAUCAGCUACGCAACCUUCUAGGUUCUUCGAACACCACUCAGUAUUACUACUUCAACUUGACCCUAAUCGCCGCUAGCAUUAUACUGCAAGUCACUGUAGGCGUCGGCAUCAUGGUGAACAACUUCUACAACGUAAAUAAAAAGGACACGUACAAAGCGGGCAUUAUCAACAACAUGACCGUGGCGGGCGUGUUCCUGAUCACCAUCUUGAAUGUGUUCAUCGCGUCGUUCGGCGUUGCCUUCUUCGCUCUAGUGGCACUACCCCGACUCGCCACGACGUCUAGCGACUAUAAAGUCUAACUUUAAGACUGAAUUUUCU